AUGAAUCCAAUUGCUCUAAUUAGGAGAACUACAGUGCCAAACACUCGGUUUAUCUCCAGAGCAUAUGCAAAUAAGGCGACCAAAGCUGGCGCCACUCCCAAGAUAGCGACGAAUACCGAGCCCUUUAGCCAGCUCCCUCCCAUUCUGCAUCAGCUCCAUGAGGCCAAAGCUCGCAAGGGUGUGACGUUUGAGAAGUUGGCGAAAGAGUUGGGACGCAACGAGAUAUUUAUUGCCUCUAUCUUUUACGGUCAUGCAAAGCCAACUGCAGAAGAUAUCAAGGGACUCUCCAAAGCACUCGAAGUCGAUGAACAUUCCAUAACAGAGGAGUUGGGUCCUCAUUGGUGGCCAAAUCGAGGAUUUGGAGGCGACAUUCCCGCGGACCCAGGUUAG